UGGUUUUUAUAUUCUUGUUUUUAGAAAGAAUGGGAGACAGAAUUAUUCGAAAGGUGGAGGCGGGAGCUGAACGACUUUCAAAGAAGGCCGCCAAGUCUGGAAGAACUAGUUUUGGCUCUAAAGUGGAAAAUUUAGGAAAACUUGAGCUGCAGAUAAAAUACAAAGGGGAUGUCCUUGAAGUGUUUCUCGGUCAAGCUAAGGGACUGCCUUCUAAAGACCUAGUUGGAAGCUCUGAUCCCUAUGCUAAGGUUUACCUAAUGCAAUCCAAUCCAUCAGCUUUGUUCGUAAAAGGUCAUGAACAAACCAAAACCCACAACAACAAUCCUAAUCCAACAUUCAAUGAAACUUUCAUGUUCCAGGGGAUUGACAAGGCUACCCUGUUUAACUCCAAGCUUGUGAUAUCUAUCUGGGACAAGGACAUGAUUGGAAAAGAUGAGUACAUGUGUGGGAUCCGAGUCUCCAUGGAUCAUUUUGCAUACGAUGGAAAAGGUCACUUGAGCAUUCAAUUCUGGGCUGAUCUUCAACCUCAUUUCACAGAUGGACAUCCUUUGGAAGUGAGUCAUGCAACUGUGACACAGUUCUUUAACCAGCAAGGGACUACUUCAAUGAAAAGAGCCUCAGUCAGCUCAUCUUCUUCUUCAUCCUCAUCCCCGGCUAUCAAAGAGAGGACAAAGUCUGUUUUAGAGAGAUUAGCUGCGUCUGUGACUUUCACGGUUUCUUUUGAUCCUACAGGAUUUCUAAAAAUCUUCUUGACUAGAGCUCAGGGACUUCCUGACAAAGAUCUUAUCGGAAAAUCAGACCCAUAUGCAAAGAUCUACCUUCUUGAUGAUGCUGGAACCGCAUUUAUUGAUCAUGAGAAGAAGAAAAAGACUAAAACAAAGAAGAAUACCCAAAAUCCAGACUUCUUUGAGAGCUUUGAGUUCAAGAUGAAUUUACAACUGAUCAGAAACUUGAAAACUAUCAUUGAAAUCUGGGAUGAUGACUUCGGAAAAGAUGAAUUCUUAGCUGGGGUUGCUUUUACCAUGUCUUCUUUCAACUUGUCCACAGAAGUUGAGAUUACUGUGCCUCUCUACAGUGGACGAACUCAUGGUUUGCCUUUUGAAGUUAAGGACAUCAUGACUUAUGCCAUCAAAAAGACCUCUAGGGAUAUUCCAUACCAUCUAUCUAAACAAAGUGGUAAGGUAUGGUUAUCUGGUAAUAGUUCCCAGAGGUUUUCCCAAGUCUCCCAUGUCACAACAUCCCAUGUCAAGCAUGUGCAAAAACCUAGAUCUAGGUCUUCUUCAAGCUCUAGUUCAAGCUCAAGUGAUGAUGAUGAUAAGGAUGGCCGAAAUUCACUUCGUCACAACAACAACAAGUUGGUCAGCUACAUUGAAAAAGCAAGAAUCAUGGCUCAAGCCUAUGGUAUCGGGCAAAGCAUCCCAGAUGGAAUCAAUUUAGAGGAGAAUGUGAACAGCAAGCAGAGUAAUGAUUUUGAAUUCAACUCUCAAUUUCAUGAUCUUCUUCUUCCUGCUAUCACACAAGCCAAGGAAAAAGUAAGGUUGGCAAGAGAUGAGCUUGAGAGUUUGAGGGGGAAAAAUAGACGAAUGAAUCAAGAAUAUGAGGAGCUGACUUUGGCACUGACAAACAAGGAUCGCUCAAUUUGGAAUCUUGAAAAUGAGCUAAUGGCUCUACAGGGCAAGUGCACAAUGAUCCAACAUGAGGUUACAAGAAUGAAGGAACUUGAGUUGUCUUUGGAUCAAGAAAGAGAAUACUACUUAGAGCAAAUGAAUGAGGCUCGACACACUAUGAAAUCCAUUGAUGUCAAGGAGUAUCAAAAAGACAUUGACUUAAAGAGAGCAUCUAUGCAAGCCAGCUUCCAAGUUGAAACUGAGGAAGAAAUAGAAAAGCGAGUCUCUGAGGUACAACUACCCAUCAACGUCUACAGCCAGUUUAAAGAAAGGAUGCUUAAAGAACUUGAAGCCAAAAGGAAAACUUACAUUAAGUCAGUUGGAAAACUUCACAUUGAGUCCAAGCAGAUUUUGGCUAUGUAUGACAACAUUGUCAUGGCUAAAGAAAAGGGAAGCCUAGAAGCCCAUAGGAGGACAAGCAUGAUGGAAAAGAUUGGAUACUACAGAAGUGACAUUUCUGGCGUUGAAGGUGAAGUUUCAAAGCUCAGACUUGAAUUGGAGAGACUUCAAGUUGAGCAUGAUCAUAAGCAAUCUGAAUUUGAGCUUCAGUUAAGGUCAAAGCAUGAGGAAUUUGAGAGCUUCAGAAGAAGAUUUGAGUUAGACCUUCAGUCUUGGUUUGCCAGAUAUGGUGCAGAUUUUAAUGCUUGGUGCAAAGAGCAGAUUGAAAUUGCUAUCUAUGGAAAACUCAUUGAAUUUGAAGAACAACGUCUGGCAUCUUCAAUGUUUGGAAAACAGAGCCUUGCAAGAGUAAGUACAUCAAAGAGACGAAGUACCUAUAAUUCUGGUCCAGUUUACAAGAGGGAGUCCAACACUAAGGUCUACUAUGAUCCAGAGCCUGAGGGUGCACACAAUAGCAUUAGGCACUCUUCUACCUACAACAGCUCCACAGUAGGAGGUUCAGCAACAUCAACUAGAUACUCUUCCUCUUAUUCCACCAAGACCAGAAAGGAAUCAGGUUACCACAGCCCAGGAACAAAGACACCAGGGAACAAGACCCCAGAUGGCACUCUAGAUAGGAGCUCUCAGUAUUCUGAUGUUUUCAGCAAUAUAAGAUCAGAAGUCGAAAAAGGAGAAUUUCACAUUUAAUUAUGAUGUUGGCUAAUUCUAACACAAAAAAUCUUGUGUACUAGAUAUAGGCAUUUUAUAACUUUUUACUGAUAUGUAUAUUAUUUUGUUAUGGAAAGAAUAUGACAAGUCUAAUCUUUCUGAUUAGAUGUAAUUUGAUUUGAUUAAUGACUGUGAUUAGAAAAGACUUUUAAUUUGUUUCAAUAAAAUAUCAUCUAAAUGA